AGCGCGACACCAGUGCGAUCUACUUCGUCAAACCUUCUACAUCCUCCGGAGUUCCGUCGGCGGCAACAAGCGCUUCGUUGUUAGACUUCAGGAUCGACACCAUCAGAUCAGCAUGCGGGCGUGUGCGGGCCUACUCCUGCUGCUUUCCGUGUUUGCGGACGCCGAGAAGAGGUUUUCGCUGCCGCUGGCCGAGGGCACGGUGUCCCAGGACCAGCUCAACGACGCCAACAUGCCCAGCCUGCCGCUUGGCAAUCCCGACACGAUGGACAACGACAUCCCCGGAGAGCCGCUGAGCCCUGAUGACUUUAGGGAAGGACUCACCAUGGUACACGAGGACGUGGACACGAUGGCUACUGCUGACCCGAUUGAGUUGGCGGGUCUCUUCCAGGGAGACAUAAAUCUCAACAGCCCAGAGGAGUUUUUCGAUCUGGCUGUGCCGUCCGACGCGUUCCCCGCUCAAGGCAGGAACGCCAUCAUCUCAAUGCACAAGCGCUGGCCCAACGGCGUUAUCCCCUACGUUAUCUCUUCGUCUUACAACAAGCGAGAGCGAGGCACCAUCGCCACGGCCAUGAGUAAAUACCACGAGAACACGUGCAUCCGCUUCGUGCCCCGGACUUUCGAGAAAGACUACAUCCACAUCAUCAAGGGCGACGGGUGCUCGAGCUCUGUCGGGCGAGUAGGCGGCGCCCAGGCGCUCUCCCUCGGGCCAGGCUGCAUUUACGUAGGAAUCGUCAUGCACGAGAUGAUGCACGCUGCCGGCUUCUGGCACGAGCAAUCGCGCCAAGACAGAGACAACUUCAUCACCAUCAACACGCUCAACAUCCAGAACGGAAUGGAGUACAACUUCCAGAAGUAUGGAUGGGACAGCAUCCAAAGUCUCGGCGUAGAUUACGACCUAGGCUCCAUCAUGCACUACGGCCCUUACGCCUUCGCCAAGGAUCGGACCAAGCCCACCAUCAUCCCCAGGGUCACGGGCGCUGAGAUCGGCCAGCGCCGCGGGUUCUCACAGGAAGAUCCCAGCCCUCAUAAAGAGAGGUACAUGCUGAGUUUCCCAAAAACUGCAGUUCGCCGGACAGGCCCCCCAGUUCAGAAAGACACCCCCGAAAAACAGCCACAACACGCAGGCCCCGGGGGCCACGGACGGCAGGCCCCCCCUCCAAACCCCAAUACAUGCUGGUUUGCCCCAAGUCCCCAAGAGUGCUAUCUUAAACCCGGCCUGGAGACACCCGGGAGUGCGGGUCAGCAGUUGACAUAUUAG